CAGGCGCCAGUCGCCACGCUCCACCCCUCAAGCCCGCCCCUUCUCGCCCCCAGGACCUGUCCCUGUUCUGCCCGGUGUUUGUGCGGUGGCAGCUGGCCCGGCCAUUUGCUGCGCAGGGAGGCUGGGCUUGUAAACGCAGCAGAGCUGCGAGGGUGCUGGGCUGAGAGUGCUGGCAGGCAGAGCCCAGCGGGGACGCAGCUGGGGCUAUGCUGGGCAAGGAUUACAUGCUGGCCAUCAUUCUGGUCAACUGCGAUGAUGAUUUGUGGGGUGAUCAGAGUCUGGAGGGAGAGCCAGGCCUGCCCCCUGGCUGGCGGAAGAUCCGAGAUGCUGCAGGUACUUACUAUUGGCAUGUACCCAGUGGUAGUACCCAGUGGCAGCGCCCAACCUGGGAACUAGGAGAUGGAGCGGACCCAGGCACGGGGACAGAGAGGAUUUGGGGACUGCGGCCUCCCAAAGGGAGAUCCUUUUCCAGCCUGGAGAGCUCACUGGACUGGAGUAACUCUCUGUCCUGGUAUGGUGAAGAAAACUACAUCCAGAGCAUGGAGCCAGGGGCUAAGUGCUUUGCAGUCCGCUCUCUGGGCUGGGUAGAGAUACCCGAAGAGGACCUGGCACCAGGGAAGAGUAGUAUUGCUGUCAAUAACUGCAUCCAGCAGCUGGCCCAGACCUGCAGCCAGAGCCAGCCUCCAGAUGGUGCCUGGGGUGAGGGCCAAAAUAUGCUGAUGAUCUUGAAGAAGGAUGCCAUGAGCCUGGUGAAUCCCCUGGACCACAGUCUGAUCCACUGCCAGCCUCUGGUGCACAUCCGUGUAUGGGGUGUGGGGAGCUCCAAGGGCCGUGACAGCCCUAUCUCUGCCCCUGCCAGGGACUUUGCUUUUGUGGCGGGUGAUAAAGACAGCUGUAUGCUCAAGUGCCAUGUAUUUCGCUGUGACGUCCCUGCCAAGGCCAUUGCCAGUGCCCUACAUGGACUCUGUGCCCAGAUCUUGUCAGAGCGAGUAGGGGUCAGUGCUGAUGUCCCUUGCUGUUCUCCAGAUCCCAUCUCCCCUGAAGACCUGCCACGGCAAGUGGAACUACUGGAUGCGGUGAGCCAGGCUGCUCAGAAGUAUGAGGCACUGUACAUGGGGACCCUGCCUGUCACCAAAGCCAUGGGCAUGGAUGUACUGAAUGAGGCCAUUGGUACCCUCACCGCCCGGGGGGACCAAAAUACCUGGGUCCCCACCAUGCUCAGCGUGUCUGACUCUCUCAUGACUGCACAUCCCAUUCAGGCAGAGGCCAGUGCAGAGGAGGAGCCACUGUGGCAGUGCCCUGUGCGCCUUGUGACCUUUAUUGGGGUUGGCCGUGACCCACAUACCUUUGGCCUCAUCGCUGACCUGGGCCGUCAGAGCUUCCAGUGCGCAGCCUUCUGGUGCCAGCCCCAUGCAGGUGGACUCUCUGAAGCUGUGCAGGCUGCCUGUAUGGUUCAAUACCAGAAGUGUCUUGUGGCCUCUGCAGCUCGGGGCAAGGCCUGGGGGGCCCAGGCCCGGGCUCGCCUGCAGCUCAAGCGGACAAGCUCUAUGGAUUCCUCAGGAGGUCCCCUGCCCCUCCCCCUGCUCAAAGGAGGGGUUGGUGGUGCAGGGGCAACUCCUCGAAAGCGGGGUGUCUUCUCAUUUCUUGAUGCCUUCCGGUUGAAACCUUCUCUGCUCCAUAUGCCCUAGAUGGUCUGGGAGGACCGGGGAAGGAGGCUUUGGGUCCAUACCUAAUUCUAUACUCCUUAUUACCCCAAGGCCUGCAGCCUCUUACCCCUUGGAGUCUUCUCUGCCUGUCCCUCUGAUCCUUAGCCAUCCUAUUUAUUGCCCAAUUUAUUGUUUAUAUGGAUGACUGAGAGGCCCUGCACCACAGCCUAGGACCCUGGUCCCCUUUCCUUGGGUCCUUGCGUUCCUUGCCCCUGUCUAGUCCUGGACAGUUGGCUCUACCUCAGCAGCACUUUAUAGCAAAAUCAGUGCAAAUAAAAAUCCGUCAGUGACCUCAC